AAAAUUACCAAUUAAUUUAUUAUGCAUGGCCGAUUUUUACCGCAGCAUUCCAGUCAAAAGCACGUUGAAUGUUAUGGUUUCUAUUCGUUGACGUGCGACCCAAAAUCUAAUCUUGGAAGGUUCACGACUACUACGCCCUGACACGAUGCAGAUGGUGCCCUGAUACAAUAAUGAAAUUCACCCCAAGACGUACAAUCUAUUGUUGUGUGUGUCUCAUGGCUUUGCUGGUGUUCUACAGCACGCAUAAGGAAGAUCUGCGGAUGACGAAGACCGAUCACGUAGAUGCGCCUUACUCCAUUCAGAAUCAUUCAAAAGUUUCCAGAGCGAAAUUCAAGGAAGAAGAAAAUGACAAGGCUGCAUUUCCUGUUGACGGAACUUAUAGCGAUAUCGAUAAUCUGAAAGGCCAUUUUAUGUCUUUGUCACGUCUAAGCAGUGCCAAAUCCUACAUGAUGCAACCCGACCUCAAUAGAGAGCGUGUAUUAGCUAUGUCGUAUGAAACUGUCCUUAGAAAAGACAAAGCUUGGAACGGACUAGGGAUUUCAAAAGGAAUAAACUUGAUUCCCGGUGAAGGAAAAUUAGAAUUUCCUGGAUAUUUAAUUCCAGAAAAAGGCUUUAUAAAAUUAACAAAACCAUCCCCUGGUAUUGGAAAUAAAGACUAUGUUGAUACUGUAGAGGGACAGGGACCACAGUUACGCAAGGUUACUGAAAAUAUACACAAAGACUUUAAAGAAAUUGUUAGAAAUGCAGAUGCUGUGAAUAUUCCAUCUAUUCACCAGAAUGUGUUGCUGAACAAUGCUAGACAAAAUGAAUUUAAUCUCAAGAUCAACAAAAAGAAUGAACCAACAUACAAUGCGAAAGUGAAACCGGAUAUUCAUAAAAUUCAAAAUUUACCCAAAGACCUCGUUUUUCAGUCGAAAUAUGCUCAAGUGAAAGUUCAAAAUGCGCAGGCAUGGAAAGCCCCCAACGGGCGUGUCUUCAACUCUCAAGGUUUUGGGCCCAAGAAUUAUAAUCCAGGCAAAUCCCACAUCGAACCGGUAAGAAAUAUGCAGUUGAUAGGAGAAGGGCAGACGAAGCAGGAGCGAAAUGAACACGUCGUCCUGCAGCAAGGUAAUGUUGCGAUGGUGGGUAAUGUGCAAGCUCAUAACUAUGGACUUGUACAGCGAGAUCGGGUUAAGGUCCCUGCACAACCGCACGGCAAUAUCAUCAUUCCAAAAGAUAACCAACUUCAGAAACCUGCACCGCUGAAUCCAAAAAUACCUGUGAUCGAGAUUUAUCCAAGAAAAAAUGAACCAAUACGAAUACAUAUGUACAUGCAGCACAAAGGCAAUUUCUCCUACCAUCACGUGAACUUACUGUGGGAGGAUGGGCAGCGCCACCCAGUCAGCCCUUUAAUUUUACAGAGAACACAGAAGGGCGUGGCCGAAACGAGAUAUGAAAAUCAUGACGGUAAAGAUGUUAAAAACACUUUGAUCAUGACAUACAUGAGAAGCGGUUCUACGAUUACUUCUGAGCUGUUGAAGACCGAUGAUACUUUCUUUUUCUUCGAGCCAUUCCAAGGACUUUAUAGAGACCACAGAACAAAUCAGCACGUUUGCUAUCCCCAUGGAUAUUGUAGAAAACCUGAUGGAUUCUGGGAGAGCUUAGAGGGCUCAGUCCUCAUAUUGAAGAAUCUUUUUUCCUGUAAAUUUAUGGAAGUUCCCGUGGGAGCCUUGGAACCGUUACGUGCGUUUGCACCCAGCAGCUAUCAAAAAGAAUUCAAAAGUUGCUUUCCUGUGAAAAUUAUUGACUGGAAUAACCGGCAUUUCACGUUAAAUGAAUAUCCGGAAGAUUAUAACAAAACAUGUAUACAAACGAUUCAAAAUAAAUGCCUCAGCGCUAAACAUCGCCUUAUCAAGACAAUACGUAUGCCGGCAACGUUUGCUGAAAGCUUCCUGGCAAAUAUUCCUCACCUGAAAAUAGUUCAUCUUAUACGGGAUCCUAGAGGUGUGCUGAACUCCAGAGUGCAAAUUCAUUUGGUAAAAUAUGAAGAAAAAGAACUUGGAAUUGUUUCACAUCAUCUGUGCAAUAGGAUAUGGCUGGACAUACAGACAUUCAAACGACUUCAAAGAAUUUAUCCAACUCAAGUCAUCCCACUUACGUAUGAAUGUCUGGCUUUGUACCCAGAAGAUGUAGCUAGAACAUUGUACAAAAUGCUGGAGUUGAAUUAUACACUAGAGAGAAAUUACUGGUUAAAUAUGGCGUUCAGGAAUAACAUUGAACAGUCAUUUGAACUAUUCAAACACGGACAGUCUGCAAGUCUUGCACAGAAGUGGCGUACCAUUAUUCCAAUGAGAUCCAACGACAAAGUGAAUAAAAUAUGCGGAAAAGUUUUCGAGGAGUUAGGAUUGAAGACAUUUACAAGUAUAGUUGAUUUGAGAAAUCUGAAAAAUUCAGUCUUUUAUGAUAGUCGAAGAACUUGUCUCCAAAGAAAAUGAUAAACUGUUUCAUUUUUUUCACAAAUACUAGUACCACAUGUGAAUUAAAUAUGUAUGUACAGUA